AUGGAAGCUGCCUUGAAAACCGAAUUUGUUACCGAUGACUCCGAUCAAACGUUGCGAAACGAAGUGCAUAUGCUUCGCAUAAUGCAAUGGUCCAAAAGUUAUUGCAAAUUGUAUUCGGCUCGGAGGUUGGACUGGGGUGGGCAAAAAGUGAACAUCAUGGUAAUGAGCUUGUGUGAUCGUCCAAUUUCAAGACUUCGCCGAAUGAUGCCAAAAAGAAAAUUCACGAAAAGCACGGCGGCGAGGCUUUCCUAUCAAUUUCUGGAGGCGAUUCGCGAUAUUCACAUGUGCGGAAUUCUUCAUCGCGACGUCAAAGCGAGCAAUUGCGGCUGGCACGAGCCAUCGCGUCGAUUGUUGCUCUUCGAUCUCGGUUUUUGUCGAAAAUAUCUUGAACGAGACCCGCAAACGAAAAAAUUGCGUCUGCGAACCGCGCGAAAAUCGGCUGGAUUUUUGGGCACCAGCAAAUAUUGCAGCGUUUUUGUUCACGACGAAAUGGACCAGGGCCGUCGCGAUGAUUUGUGGGCGUGGCUCUACGCGAUUUCCGAGUUCUUCUUGGGCGAUUUGCCAUGGUCGAACGAGGACAACACGCAUUUAGUGAGUCGUCGAAAACACAAAAUUGGCUCUUCGAUUUUUCUCAAAUGCCCCAGAGAGAUUCUUCCGAUGUAUGACCAUAUUCGUCAAUUGAAAUUCGAGUCUCGUCCCGAUUAUGAGAUGAUGUUCAAGAAAUUCGCGCAAAUGUUCGCGCGGCUCGAAAUCGACGAAUUCGAUUUGUACGAUUUCGAGCAAGGCUCGCCGUAUUAUGAGAAAUGCUAUCGGGAUCGCAAAACGGAUUCGGAAACCGAGAUGACGUCGGAAGGCGUCGAGACGAAGCUUAGUCGUGUGGUUGAUGUCGAUGAGGCUCCGGAUUUGCUGUCGUGCGGCUCAUUGGUGACACUGAAUACGACGAAGUCUGAGAGCAGCGUCGGUCUCGGCACGAGACUGGCCACUGGCUUGAAUCGCGCAUUCAAAAAAGUGUGGAAUUUCCGCAAAAACUCGAAAAAGGGCAACAAGGCUCGAAAAUCCUAA